AUGGACCCUUACAUAAAGAGCUUGGGUCUAUCGAUAGACGAACCCAAGCCACAAGCCAGCACCCGUACCGACUCGCUGUUCGUCGCGCAAACACAGAUAAUCCCCUACCGCCGUCUGGCGGACCGCCGUCGGAGGAUCAUGUCUGUUCCUCAAAUUCCUGGGCUCAAAGCUGAAGAGCCCCUGGCGGAGGUCCUGCGGCGCGAGGUUGCGGAUCUACUGCGUCGGAACCCGGUAUCAUUCCCCGGCGCGCAACCCGUGAGCUUUGCGCGCAAGCAUAUUGAAGAGCUCCAGCAAAAAGAUUACUACCUCUGCGAGAAAACCGAUGGAAUCCGCUGCCUCCUCUACGCAACUGACGACCAGGGGGAAGAGAUCCACUACCUCAUCGACCGCAAAAAUGACUACUACUUCAUCCCGCCCAACAACGUACACUUUCCUAUGCCUGGAGACGACACAUUCCAACGCUUCCACAAGAGCACUCUCCUCGAUGGCGAGCUUGUCAACGACAGAGUUGGACCAGGACCCGACGACUACCGCCUCCGAUACCUAGUGUUCGACUGCAUCGUUCUCGAUGGCGACAUCCUUACCCAGAAGCCGCUCGACAAGCGCCUUGCUCGGUUCCACAGCUUUGUCCUGGACCCGUACAAGCGCAUGUUUGCAACUUGGCCUCAGGAGCUAGAGCACCAGCUGUUUGAAGUCGCGCCCAAAUCUUUUGGAAAGCCAUACAGCAUUACCGAGAAGUUCGAUGAACUGCCAAGGCUGGCACAUGGUAACGAUGGGCUUGUCUUUACAUGCAGGGAGACGCCCUAUGUCUUUGGCACGGACGAGAACAUCCUCAAGUGGAAGCCGGCGCACGAGAACACUAUCGACUUCAUGAUACGGCUCGGCGAGUUUCCAACUUUUGACCCGGAGGAGGGUGAUACUGGCCCGGUGUACGAUUACGAGGCGCAACCGACUGUCGAGUUGCUGGUAAACUGCAAUGAGGGCAAGUACGCAGUGUUCGCCGAGUUGCAUCUGGAACCGGCCGAAUGGGAAGCAAUGAAGAGCGUGAAUGAGUCACUCGACAUGCGUAUCAUCGAAUGCUACAAGGACGAACAAGGACGCUGGCGCCCGAAGCUGGAAGGCAACGGAGCACCACGCUUUCGAGACGAUAAGAAGGACGCGAACCACAUGUCCACGGUCUACAAAGUGAUAGAAAGCAUCAAUGAUGCCGUGUCGGAGCAUGAUCUACGAGCAGCGGAGGAUGCCAUCAGGAGGAUGUGGAAGAACCGGCACCCCGAGGAGAAGGCACAACAGACUCAACAGGCACAACAAGUACCACGCGUUAAUCACACACCUGUCGCUAACGGUGAUAUGUCUAGGAGAGCUAGCCGGCCAGAGUAA